CGGCAGCUGCAGUAAGUUGCACCGCAGCUAGAGCGCCGGGUGGUCAGUGGGAGGCGGAGCUCCACAGUUCCGUCCGAUUCAGCCGCAGCGUUUCUCCGCCGGGUGUCUCGCCGCAGCCUCCAGAGAGGAGUUGGACUCUCACUCCUGUCAGAAAAAUGUCUGCUCCAGCUCAGCCACCCACUGAAGGGACAGAAGGGACUGCCCCUGGUGGGGCUCCCCCUGGCCCUCCUCCUAACACGACCAGUAAUAGACGACUACAGCAAACCCAGGCACAGGUGGAGGAGGUGGUGGACAUCAUGCGUGUGAAUGUGGACAAGGUCCUGGAGAGGGACCAGAAACUAUCAGAACUGGAUGACCGAGCUGAUGCCUUACAGGCGGGAGCAUCGCAAUUUGAGAGUAGUGCUGCCAAGCUAAAGAGGAAGUAUUGGUGGAAAAACUGCAAGAUGAUGAUCAUGCUGGGAGCUAUCUGUGCCAUCAUCGUGGUAGUUAUUGUAAUCUACUUUUUUACUUGAGAAUGUGCCACCCCUUCCCUGUUCUCCAUUGCCAUUCAAGCUCAUGUCCUUCUCCCUCUGUUUGCUCUCUCAACAAACUUCCCCAUCUGCCUUUCUCCAUCCCAGCCCAGGCUUCUCCAUCAUCCAUUCUUCCUUUUUUGUUGCAUUCAUUUGCAUUCUGUCCCUCAAUACUAGAAAUGCUGCUCGUGGUACAGUCUUGAAGUCACUACCUAAAGAUCAAUAGCUGAUGCCUCCUUCCUUUCCCCUUCUCAUGUACUCUUAUGUUCCCCCAUACCCUAAAGGAGUUGGCUGCCAAGGGGAGGGAGAAUAACUGAGGUGAAGUGCCCAAGAAUCUGGUAAGGUUGUCGGGGAGAAGAAGGGUAUUGGUGUCCAUGAGUGUCUCCUAGAAAGGCCAGGUCUCUGGCAGGAGGGGACCAUGAAUAGUUGGGAAGUGGUGGCUUGCUCAGUGCUGCACUUGCUAGUUUUUCUCCUGUGCCAGGCCUUUAGAGAGCCCUGGGGUUCUGUCCAAAGGCCAAUCUGGUCCUAGUGCAGUACCCUUUUAGAAAUCAAAUCUGUUUUUUGCAGUUAUUGCUAAUCUUUCAGCCCAAGAUUUUCUAUGUCUUUCAGGAAUCUUAUAGUCUUUUACUUUGUUCCCUAUUAGCCUGGAAAACAAGCACUUGUUGAUUACAAAACUACCAGGAGACUCUCAUUUCCAUCCUAGAAGCAGACCUAUUUGCUUCUAACUGGAAGGAGCUGUCUCUCUUUGAUGUUUUCUGCAGCAUUCUAUAUUGUUCAUGAGGGCAUCAAAUAAUUGCAACUAGCCAGAGUUUGGUGCUUGUGAUUAAUUUUAAUUACUGGAAUAAAGAGAGAAUACCUGUUAUAGAGAAACAGUAAGUCAAGGGCCUAAUUUGAGAAUAACAGGCUUUCAGGAAGCCACUUCUUGCCCUCUCUUUAAAGAAGGUCCCGUUUCUCCCUUCCUGUUGAUAAAGAAAUGUGAGGCUGCUAGAGGUAAGGUCCUAGACUCCCAUAGAAUUCUUUUCUCCACACCAUCCCUGUGAGCCCUGGUUGAUUAUAAAGAUUUAGAGAAGUCCAGUAGAUCCACUAACUCAGUCUUGGAGUGGGAGGGUUGAGAGUCUGUGACAGGUGUAUUUUUAUAUUGUUAUACUAUCAUGGGCUCCUUGCGUCUGGAGCCACCUCUCUGUUCUUUCUGCAGUAUGCUCCCCUUCUGAACUGCCCUCACCCAUCUGAAUCCCACAUUGCUUCCUUUCUCCUCUUUGCUUGCUUUGUGUGCAUAGACAUUGGAACCUGAGGAUGGGAGCUGCUUAGCCUAUCUUGGGGACUACUGCUGAACUUCAGGAUAGCAUGUUACAUGGGAUAAAACUGAGGUGCUAGGGGAGGAGGGAAGGCUGGGAACAGGAAGGGGAAGACCCAUAGCAGUGUUUCCCUCUGUCCUCUGGUCCACAAUCAGAAAGAGUCUGAGGCCAUGCUGGGCUGGGUCUGAAUGCCCGCUUUCCAUGCAGCAGCAUUUCAUUGUGCAAAACCAUACUUCCUUUCUUUUUGCCCCCUUUCCCAUAUUUCCUUCGUCCUGCCUAGGGCAGGACUGAAGAGCUGGAAGAAAGCAGUCAGUGUACCCUCCCAGCGUCCCCCUCGAAGGUCUCCACUCUCCUCUGGGCUCCUCCUUGCCUAAUUCAGGGGGUCACCGCUGGAGAAGAACCACCACUGUCCAAGAUGUGUCCCCAAGCCUGGAGCAAAUUCGCCCUCUUGGCCUACCCAACCCUAUCAUGGGAAUUAUUUUCUGGGUUUCUGUCCCUCUUAAGGCUCACCAAGUAUAGUUGGCUUUGCUCUUUUGGGGGUAAUAUCCCUUCUUUCUUUCUCAUCCCACCCUGAAUCCUCUUCUGUGUCUUUGCUCUCCCACUUCCCUCCCACCACCCAUGUGCAUGAGCAAAUAUGCAACUAAACCCUGGGACUCUGCAGUCAAAUGAAGCCGAGUUUCCCACAUCCCUUUCUUCAGUUUGCCAUGAGAUGAUGUGGGGUUUCCACUGUGUGUCUGUCAUUACCUCUUUGUCUUUUUUCCAAACCCCAAUCUCAUACUUGUAUAGAGUAAUAACAGUUGUACUUCACCAAAGGCAUGUGGCAUAUUUACCAAUUUCAUGUAUUCUGAACAAAGGCAAAAAAUAUAACUAAUUCCUACCACUAAA